AUGGAUUUCCAACGUACUAAAUCUACCUUCGAGCUUGCGGGCCAGGAGUUCCCUCGAGUAACAUGGUAUACGCAAAAGGGAAUGAGAGGCUUGUACUGUUGUUUGAUGUUCGUUGUUUUGACCUCUGCAACAAAUGGAUAUGAUGGUUCCAUGAUGAACGGUCUUCAAUCCCUCCCCGCCUGGGAAGCUUAUUUCCAUCCCACGGCCUCUCAACUCGGACUUCUCAACUGUAUUAUGUCGGUCGGCUCACUUGUCGCCCUUCCCUUCGUGCCAUACGCUGCAGAUAUAUUGGGCAGACGUACAGGUGUCAUGAUCGGUUGCACAAUCAUGAUCGUCGGUGUACUGCUACAAAGUUUGGGAUAUACCUUCGGCUUGUUUGUAGGCGCUCGAUUUUUGAUUGGUUUCGGAGUCGCAAUCGCACAUGGUGCAUCACCAUUGCUCAUCACUGAGCUUGUCCAUCCACAACAUCGAGCUAUCUACACCACCAUUUACAACACUACAUGGUACAUCGGAAGUUUUGUUGCUGCUUGGUUAACAUUUGGAACAAACAAUAUUGCAGGAAAUUGGUCAUGGAGAGCUCCAUCCGUCGUACAGGCUUUUCCAUCCCUCCUCCAAAUGACUUUCAUAUGGUUCGUCCCCGAAUCACCAAGAUGGCUCAUUGCAAAAGGCAGAAAUGAGCAAGCCCUCAAGAUCUUGGCAGACGUACAUGCUUCUGGAGACCAACACGACGAAGUUGUGCAGCUCGAAUACCAGGAAAUUCGCCAAACACUAUUACUUGAGAGAGAAGUAGAGGGAAACCCAUGGGCCGAGCUCUGGAAGACUCCAGGAAACAGACAUCGUCUUAUUAUUCUCGUAUCUCUUGGAUUCUUUUCCCAAUGGUCAGGAAACGGUCUUGUCAGUUACUACAUUAACAUUGUCCUGGAACAAAUCGGUAUCAAAAGCUCAACUACCAAACUUUUGAUCAACGGUAUCCUUCAAAUUGUCAACAUGAUUGUUGCCACAGGAAUGUGCUUUUUUGUCGAUCGACUUGGUCGACGUCUAUUGUUCUUGGUUUCCACAGCAGGAAUGCUUGGUGUCUUCAUCGUCUGGACAAUAUGUUCGGCUCAAUUCUCGAUGCACGGAAGCAAAGCUUCUGCAAAUGCGGUAGUCGUCAUGAUCUUCCUCUACUACGUCUUCUACAAUUGUGCGUGGUCGGGUCUUUUGGUUGGCUACAGUGUUGAGAUCUUGCCAUACAAUAUUCGUGCAAAGGGAAUGACCAUCAUGUUCUUGGCCGUUGACCUCUCAUUAUUCUUCAACCAAUAUGUUAACCCAAUCGCUCUGGACCAUCUUCACUGGAAGUAUUACAUAUUCUAUUGCGUAUGGUUGACCUUUGAGCUCUUUGUUGUCUGGAAGUUUUAUAUCGAGACACGAAACACUCCUUUGGAAGAGAUCGUGAAGCAUUUCGAUGGAGACAAUGCGCUCGUUGGUGGUCAAGCUGCGACCGAGAAAGCAAGAGUUAUUGCCGCGGAACAUGAUCUGCAACUUGGUGCCGAGACUAGUAAUGGUGGUUUGGACGAGAAGUCAGCUGCUCACCAUACAGAAGAGAGGAUCGUAUGA